AAAUAAAACAGACUGUAAAUCUCAUAUUUUACGCAUCCGACGAGCUCAGCACGGCGAAGUUUACACCUCGAAACCCUCACACGCUGCGCGGCUACAGUUGCAGGCUUGCCAACGGCGCUCCCCUCUUGGAUCUUAAUUGGAAGCCGCCGUUUCUAUCAAGCAUUUUGAAGGUUAAAAUGGAGCCUAUGGACAUUGUUGGUAGAACAAAAGAGGAUGCUUCUCUUCCUAAAGCAACUAUGACAAAAAUUAUUAAGGAGAUGCUCCCUCCAGAUGUUCGUGUUGCAAGGGACACACAAGAUUUGUUAAUUAAAUGUUGUGUAGAAUUUAUUAAUCUUCUGUCUUCAGAAUCCAACGAAGUUUGUAACAAGGAAGAGAAAAGAACAAUUGCACCAGAGCAUGUAAUCAAGGCCUUAGAGGCUCUCGGAUUUCCGGAGUAUACCGACGAAGUUUGUGCGGCGUAUGAGCAGCACAGGCUUGAGACUCUGGACACCAUGAGAAGCGGUAAAUGGAGCAACGGAGCAGAGAUGACGGAGGAAGAGGCAUUAGCAGAGCAACAGAGAAUGUUUGCGGAGGCGCGUGCUAGGAUGAACGGAGGUGCUUCAGAGCCCAAGUCUAGUAGAGUGGAGUAGAGUAGCGCGACUCCAAUGCACUCAGGUGAUGAUAAUGUCUUAAUACCUAACUUUUUUAGUGAGAGAGAGAGAGAGAGAACAUUGGUGUUGUUCUUGACUCCCUCUUCCUCCCUUUUUUUUCUGCUGCUGCUGCUGUUUUAUGAAGGUUGUUAUUUUAUGUACAUAAGUGCAGUCAGUGAGUCGGUCAGUCAUACACUGUUUUAUGAUGUUCUCUACGCUUACACUACACUAUGCAUUACAUAAAUAUAUAAUAUAUAUAUAUAUGUGGCUGUAAUUAUUUGUAUGAUGUUUUACUCAUA